GCCAGCAUGAAGUCACUGAUAUUUAUAUUUUCCUUGCUGAUUCUGAUCAUUUGCUGUUACGGAAUAGACGAUUGCACCAGACCAAGGCGAUUCUUGAGGCGUGGCACUCCGCUGGAAAAUAAAAGAUCAACAAAGUUACGAGUACUUCGUCAUCUGGAUAAUGUUCGAUCAGCAAACUUUUCAGAGAUUCAAAUAACAACGAGACAGGGUUCACUGUCACCGAAACCACCCGCAUACCCAUUCCAAUGUCCACCUCGAUCAUUUCAAUGCGAGAAUGGUAAAUGUAUCCCGUCUCGUCAAGUCUGUGAUGGUCGUCUAUACGAUUGCCAAGGCGGAGAGGAUGAAAGGAGUUGCUCGUUAAGCACCUGCCCCUCGAACAUGACACGAUGUCAGAGCGGUGAAUGCAUUCCUAAUUACUGGCUAUGUGAUCUCAUUGAAGACUGUUCGAAUGGGGAAGACGAGCUCGGGUGUUCUAGAAAACGGUGCGACAAUGACCAGUUCCGGUGCACAACAGGUUCCUGUAUAGCAACAGAAUGGGUGUGUGAUGGCCACAUAGACUGCCAUGAUGGGGAAGAUGAACAGGCAUGUCUUAUAAAGACCUGCCCUCUGGGUCAGUUCAAGUGCAACAAUGAUGCUUGUGUGGACAAUCAAUACGUGUGCGAUGGAAUCCACGAUUGUUACUUUGGCGAGGAGGAACGCAACUGCGGAGGACUGAACAUCAAUGAACCGUGCGAUGGCAGAUACCAGUGCGAUGACGGUCGAUGUAUUCAACCAGAAUCGGUUUGUGAUGGAUCUUACGAUUGCACGUCGGGCGAAGACGAGCAGGAUUGCUUCUCAUGCAGAAGUGGUGAGUUUCAAUGUCCUGAAGGAAAAUGUCUACCGCGAUCAGCUCGUUGUGACUCUGACCAAGACUGUCGAAAUGGAGAAGACGAAGAGAACUGUGUUGCAGUAGCUGCAUGUCCUGGGAAGUUCGAAUGCCCGUCAGAUGGGCGAUGUCUGGAGUUUAGUCUGGUGUGCAAUGGAAGAAAGGAGUGUUCAGGAGGGGAGGAUGAACUCAGAUGUUCAAGUUCACCAACAUGUCGCCAUAACGAGAUACGUUGCAGCGAUGGCAAUGGAUUAAGGUGUGUUGUGGAAACAAGGAUCUGUGACGGAACAAAAGACUGCCUCGAUGGAACCGACGAGAUGAACUGUCCUGUUGAUGAGCCUGGAAGCUGUGGAGGCGACUUCCGGUGUAAUGAUGGCGAGUGCAUCUCCAGGAGUCAAAUCUGUGAUCGCUUCAUCGAUUGCAGUCAUGGUGAGGACGAGGAUGACUGCGUGAUGACGCAAUGCGGUGGUGACUUUCAGUGCAUGGAUGGGACGUGUGUCCCAGCUUCUAGGAUGUGUGACGGUAACAUUGAUUGUGCCCGUGGUGAAGACGAGCAAUCAUGUAGGGAACUUCCGCAAUGUGAUGUAGAUGAAGAUCUUAAAAUGUGCAGUUCAGGACAGUGUGUCCCCGGUGUGGCAUUUUGCGAUGGAUGGGUGGACUGUUACGAUGCCGUUGACGAAGAAGGAUGCCCGGAAUUGCCAAGCUGUCGAGGAUUUUUCUUCUGUCGCACUGAUUACUGCCUCGAUUCUUCCCGAGUAUGUGAUGGAAAUUUGGAUUGUAUCGAUGGCAGAGAUGAGACUGAACUGUCUUGCUUCAUUGGAUCUGAUUGUGCAGAAGGUUUUGAAUGCAACGACGGAACUUGUACCGACAUUAGUUCGGUUUGCGACGGAGCUCGAGACUGUUCUGAGGCUGAAGAUGAGGAAAACUGUUUGCCCGGGUGCACUGCAUUUGAAUGUACUGACGGCACUUGUAUACCCUUUUCGAGCCUUUGUGAUGGUGACACUGACUGUGCUGCGGGAGAAGAUGAAUUAGAUUGCCCUGAGGAAUGCACUGGAUUCACCUGUACAGAUGGCUCGUGUAUACCUACUCGGAAUGUCUGCGAUGGCCAAAGAAAUUGCCCUAGAGGGGAUGAUGAAACAGACUGCCCAGUAGAGUGUUCAGGUUUUAAAUGCACCGAUGGAACAUGUCUUGAUCCCCAAAACGUCUGCGACGGUCGACGGGAUUGUUCCAGAGGUGAUGAUGAAAAUAAUUGCCCAGCAACAUGUAAUGGGUUCGAAUGUAGAGAUGGAUUAUGCAUUCCGGAUUCGGCUAUUUGUAAUGGGCAAAGGGACUGUUCGAGAGGGGAGGACGAGGUUGAUUGUCCUGAUGAUAGAUGUUCAAGUGGAUUCCGUUGUCGAAAUGGAAGAUGUGUCGAUUCAAAUCGAGUUUGUGAUGGCUACAACGAUUGUGGUGAUAGUUCGGACGAGGAGAGGUACAACUGUGGAGCUGACAGAUAUGAGGAUGACACCAAUGAGGUUUAUACCCAAGGAUACUACACUUCAACAAGGUACUCCCAAAGUUAUGAAGACUAUGGCUGUCCGGGCCAAUUCCAGUGCCGUGAUGGUAGAUGCAUUCCUCAGAGCUACGUCUGCGAUGCUCACCGUCAUUGUACUGGCGGGGAGGAUGAAGAGAAUUGCCCCGUGCAGGAUAUAUGCAAUGGACAGUUUAGAUGUCAGGAAGGUACUUGCAUAUCGAAUGCAGCAUUAUGUGAUGGAAAACGGAACUGUUACGGAGGUGAAGAUGAAAGGAACUGCAACCUAAUUUGCGAAUUUCAGUGCAACACUGAGAACUGUAUUCCAAAAAUUGCUGUUUGCGAUGGAGUUCGCGAUUGUUAUGGCAAUGAAGACGAAGAAGGGUGUCCAGUAGUGGAUCAAUGCCUGAAUCGGUUUAAAUGCAAUUCAGGGGAAUGCAUUUCACUGACGGCUACAUGUGACGGUAAACCCGACUGUUAUAGCGGGGAAGAUGAAGAUGGAUGCCCUGUCAUUGACAAUUGUCCCUCACCUAGAUUUCUAUGUGAUGACGGUGUCUGUGUUUCUCAAGAUAAGAUCUGUAACGGUGUUCGUGAUUGUUAUGGAGGGGAAGACGAGAGGAGCUGCAGCACCGUAUGUGGAUUCCAAUGCAGCACAGGCAACUGCAUUCCUUCCUCGGCUAUUUGUGACGGCGUUCGAGAUUGUUACGAUGGUGAAGACGAGUCAACAAGACAGUGCCCCUUCACGAACCUUUGCAAUGGAUUCAGGUGUGGUGAUGGUACAUGCAUCGACUCGAGUCAGGUUUGUGACGAUUACAAAGACUGUCCCGAUCGUUCUGAUGAACAGAACUGUGAAUCAGAAGAGGUCUGCCCGGGCAAAUUUGAUUGUCAGACCGGAUUCUGCAUUGAAUUCAGAUAUGUCUGCAAUGGAAGGCGAGACUGCUCAAACGGUCUAGAUGAAAAUUCCUGUCCAAUAAACGAGGGAUGUGACAGUGAUGAGUAUACCUGCUACAAUGGCCAUUGCGUCGAUGAUGACAAACGCUGUGACGGAAUACCCGACUGCUCUGCAGGGGAAGAUGAGACUGACUGUCCAGUAGGGUGUGGUAGCCAAUUCGAGUGUAACAGAGGGAACUGUAUACCUAGAACCUAUGUCUGUAACGGAAGAUCAGAUUGUACCGAUGGCGAAGAUGAGGAUAAUUGUGAUCAGUGUGAGUUCGCAUGUAAUGAUGGUAGAUGCAUCGAGAUCUCUAGAAUCUGUGAUAACAUCCAAGACUGCUCGCAGGGGGAAGACGAAUUGAACUGUCCUAUUGUAGACGAUAGUUGUCCAGGUGAGUUUAGCUGUCCUCCUGGAUAUUGUAUUCCAAGAAUAGCUGUUUGCGAUGGAGUUCGAGAUUGUUAUGGAAAUGAAGACGAAGAAGGAUGUCCAAUAGUAGAUCGAUGUUUGAAUCAAUUUAAAUGCGAUUCAGGCGAAUGUAUUCCACUGCUUGCUAAAUGUGACGGCAAACCCGACUGUUAUAACGGGGAAGAUGAAGAUGGAUGCCCUGUCAUUGACAAUUGUCCCUCCCCUAGAUUUCUAUGUGAUGACGGUAUCUGUGUUUCUCAAGACAAGAUCUGUAAUGGUGUUCGUGAUUGUUAUGGAGGGGAAGACGAGAGGAGCUGCAACACCGUCUGUGGAUUCCAAUGCAGCACAGGCAACUGCAUUCCUUCCUCGGCUAUUUGUAAUGGCGUUCGAGAUUGUUACGAUGGCGAAGACGAGUCAACGAGACAGUGCCCCUUCACGAACCUUUGCAAUGGAUUUAGGUGUGGUGAUGGUACUUGCAUCGACUCGAGUCAGGUUUGUGACGAUUACAAAGACUGUCCCGAUCGUUCUGAUGAGCAAAACUGUGAAUCAGAUGAGGUCUGUCCUGGUAAAUUUGAUUGUCAGACCGGAUUCUGCAUUGAACUCAGAUAUGUCUGCGAUGGAAGGCGAGACUGCUCGAACGGUUUAGAUGAAAACUCAUGUCCAAUAAACGAGGGAUGUGACAGUGAUGAGUUUACCUGCUAUAAUGGCCAUUGCAUCGAUGAUGACAAACGCUGUGACGGAAUACCCGACUGCUCUGCAGGGGAAGAUGAGACUGACUGUCCAGUAGGGUGUGGUAGCCAAUUUGAGUGUAACAGAGGGAACUGUAUACCUAGAACCUACGUCUGUAACGGAAGAUCAGAUUGUACCGAUGGCGAAGAUGAGGAUAAUUGUGAUCAGUGUGAGUUCGCUUGUAAUGAUGGUAGAUGCAUCGAGAUCUCUCGAAUCUGUGAUAACAUCCAAGACUGCUCGCAGGGGGAAGACGAAUUGAACUGUCCUAUUGUAGAUGAGAAUUGUCCAGGUGAGUUUCCCUGUCCUCCUGGAUACUGUAUUCCAAUAAUAGCUGUUUGCGAUGGAGUUCGCGAUUGUUAUGGCAAUGAAGAUGAAGAUGGGUGUCCAGUAGUGGAUCAAUGCCUGAAUCAGUUUAAAUGCAAUUCAGGGGAAUGCAUUCCACUGGCGGCUAAAUGUGACGGUAAACCAGACUGUUAUAGCGGGGAAGAUGAAGACGGAUGCCCUGUCAUUGACAAUUGUCCCUCCCCUAGAUUUCUAUGUGAUGACGGUAUCUGUGUUUCUCAAGACAAGAUCUGUAAUGGUGUUCGUGAUUGUUAUGGAGGGGAAGACGAGAGGAGCUGCAACACCGUCUGUGGAUUCCAAUGCAGCACAGGCAACUGCAUUCCUUCCUCGGCUAUUUGUAAUGGCGUUCGAGAUUGUUACGAUGGCGAAGACGAGUCAACGAGACAGUGCCCCUUCAUGAACCUUUGCAAUGGAUUUAGGUGUGGUGAUGGUACUUGCAUCGACUCGAGUCAGGUUUGUGACGAUUACAAAGACUGUCCCGAUCGUUCUGAUGAGCAAAACUGUGAAUCAGAUGAGGUCUGUCCUGGUAAAUUUGAUUGUCAGACCGGAUUCUGCAUUGAACUCAGAUAUGUCUGCGAUGGAAGGCGAGACUGCUCAAACGGUUUAGAUGAAAAUUCCUGUCCAAUAAACGACGGAUGUGACAGUGAUGAGUUUACCUGCUAUAAUGGCCAUUGCAUCGAUGAUGACAAACGCUGUGACGGAAUACCCGACUGCUCUGCAGGGGAAGAUGAGACUGACUGUCCAGUAGGGUGUGGUAGCCAAUUUGAGUGUAACAGAGGGAACUGUAUACCUAGAACCUACGUCUGUAACGGAAGAUCAGAUUGUACCGAUGGCGAAGAUGAGGAUAAUUGUGAUCAGUGUGAGUUCGCUUGUAAUGAUGGUAGAUGCAUCGAGAUUUCUAGAAUAUGUGAUAAUAGUCGAGACUGCUCGCAGGGGGAAGACGAAUUGAACUGUCCUAUUGUAGACGAUAGUUGUCCAGGUGAGUUUAGCUGUCCUCCUGGAUAUUGUAUUCCAAGAAUAGCUGUUUGCGAUGGAGUUCGAGAUUGUUAUGGAAAUGAAGACGAAGAAGGAUGUCCAAUAGUAGAUCGAUGUUUGAAUCAAUUUAAAUGCGAUUCAGGCGAAUGUAUUCCACUGCUUGCUAAAUGUGACGGCAAACCCGACUGUUAUAACGGGGAAGAUGAAGAUGGAUGCCCUGUCAUUGACAAUUGUCCCUCCCCUAGAUUUCUAUGUGAUGACGGUAUCUGUGUUUCUCAAGACAAGAUCUGUAAUGGUGUUCGUGAUUGUUAUGGAGGGGAAGACGAGAGGAGCUGCAACACCGUCUGUGGAUUCCAAUGCAGCACAGGCAACUGCAUUCCUUCCUCGGCUAUUUGUAAUGGCGUUCGAGAUUGUUACGAUGGCGAAGACGAGUCAACAAGACAGUGCCCCUUCAUGAACCUUUGCAAUGGAUUUAGGUGUGGUGAUGGUACUUGCAUCGACUCGAGUCAGGUUUGUGACGAUUACAAAGACUGUCCAGAUCGUUCUGAUGAGCAAAACUGUGAAUCAGAUGAGGUCUGUCCUGGUAAAUUUGAUUGUCAGACCGGAUUCUGCAUUGAACUUAGAUAUGUCUGCGAUGGAAGGCGAGACUGCUCAAACGGUUUAGAUGAAAACUCCUGUCCAAUAAACGAGGGAUGUGACAGUGAUGAGUUUACCUGCUAUAAUGGCCUUUGCAUCGAUGAUGACAAACGCUGUGACGGAAUACCCGACUGCUCUGCAGGGGAAGAUGAGACUGACUGUCCAGUAGGGUGUGGUAGCCAAUUUGAGUGUAACAGAGGGAACUGUAUACCUAGAACCUACGUCUGUAACGGAAGAUCAGAUUGUACCGAUGGCGAAGAUGAGGAUAAUUGUGAUCAGUGUGAGUUCGCUUGUAAUGAUGGUAGAUGCAUUGAGAUUUCUAGAAUAUGUGAUAAUAGUCGAGACUGCUCGCAGGGGGAAGACGAAUUGAACUGUCCUAUUGUAGACGAUAGUUGUCCAGGUGAGUUUAGCUGUCCUCCUGGAUAUUGUAUUCCAAGAAUAGCUGUUUGCGAUGGAGUUCGAGAUUGCUAUGGAAAUGAAGACGAAGAAGGAUGUCCAAUAGUGGAUCGAUGUUUGAAUCAAUUCAAAUGCAUUUCAGGCGAAUGUAUUCCACUGGCGGCUAAAUGUGACGGUAAACCCGACUGUUAUAGCGGGGAAGAUGAAGAUGGAUGCCCUGUCAUCGACAAUUGUCCCUCACCUAGAUUUCUAUGUGAUGACGGUAUCUGUGUUUCUCAAGAUAAGAUCUGUAACGGUGUUCGUGAUUGUUAUGGAGGGGAAGACGAGACGAGCUGCAGCACUGUAUGUGGAUUCCAAUGCAGCACAGGCAACUGCAUUCCUUCCUCGGCUAUUUGUGACGGCGUUCGAGAUUGUUACGAUGGUGAAGACGAGUCAACAAGACAGUGCCCCUUCACGAACCUUUGCAAUGGAUUUAGAUGUGGUGAUGGUACUUGCAUCGACUCCAGUAAGAUUUGUGACGAUUACAAAGACUGUCCCGAUCGUUCUGAUGAGCAGAACUGUGAAUCAGAAGAGGUCUGCCCGGGCAAAUUUGAUUGUCAGACUGGAUUUUGCAUCGAAUUACGGUAUAUAUGCGACGGAAGACAAGACUGUUCGAAUGGUAUCGAUGAAAAUUCAUGUCCCAUCAAUGAAGGCUGUAACAGUGGACAGUUCACUUGUUAUAAUGGUCAUUGCAUUGACCGUGAGAGAACUUGUGAUGGCAUUCCGGAUUGUCCUAGCAACGAGGAUGAAGCCUCUUGUCCGGUUGCUCAAGACUGUCAAGGAGAGUUCAGAUGCCGGAACGGAGAAUGUAUUCCUCUGGGGAACCGUUGCAACGGCCGUGACGAUUGCUACCUUGGAGAGGAUGAGGAAGCUUGUCCAAUCACUGGAUGCAGGAGUGAUGAAUUCAGGUGUCGCGAUGGCCAGUGCAUCUCUGGUGACUUCCGAUGUGACGGAUUUUACGAAGACUGUUCACAUGGUGAAGAUGAGAGAGACUGUGAACCGCAGAACACAUGCGACCGAGACCAAUUUCAGUGCAACAAUGGUGUUUGUAUCUCAUCCCAAUGGCGCUGUGACGGUAUGUACAGGGACUGUAUGAAGGGAGAAGACGAAGAAAACUGCGGAGGUACUAAUUUCAUCGACUGUGGAAAGUCGGAAUUCCGGUGUAACGACGGAUCAUGUAUUCCAAAGGAUUACGUUUGCGACGGGCGUUACCAGGACUGUGAGGGUGGUGAUGAUGAAUUAAGCUGUCCAAGUUCAUGUGGCGCAUACGAGUAUGAGUGUGAGUCGGGUGCUUGUGUUCCCGCCAGUCGAAUGUGUGACGGGAGGAAUAACUGUCCCUCAGGGUCUGACGAGAUUCCCUUGAACUGUAAUGAUUUCCUAAACCUUGAGGAUUGUGAUCCGCACUAUCAGUUCCGUUGCUAUGCCGGUAACUGCAUCUCUGUGUAUGCUGUAUGCGAUGAUUAUAAUGACUGCCUCGGAGGUGAAGACGAAGCAUUGUGCCCAGGACAACAAGGGUCAAAUGAUGGACUCUCGUACGUACUCUCAGAAUUGAACAGUGACUUGGAUAAUCUCGUCAAUAUUCUGGAAAAUGGUUACGAUGGUACGACGUACAAUGCAGGGGAUAUAACAAACACGCUGUAUAACAUCGAACAAACGUUAAAUCGUGCAGAGUAUCUUACAUUGCACGAGGAAGUUGAAAAUGUUACAAGCACCAGCAUGCCUGAGGAAAGUCCUCUUGAUAGUCGUGACCAACAUCUCCCAAAUCUAUCCAGCAAGAAGCGUUUCAAAGCCACCAAGAAGAUCAAGGAUGACUCGAUCAUAAAUGACCUCAAAGAAGCCAUAGCAGCCUCACGCAAUUCCCAUGACCCUGCAGAAAAUGAUUCUGAUGACGGUGACCUUAAUGCUAUCAGAGACGAUGAUAUCGAACAUGAUCUCGGAAACGAUGCAGGGACGGGAACAACCCGGUCGGAGACAGGUCGACAUCAUCCAAUCCUCCUGUCUCAAGAUGCCCGGAAGAAACUUGACAUCAUAAGCAGCUUGAAGAAUGAAUUGUCCUUGAAGUUGAAAGAGAGAAGAAUGAAGAGAAAAGAGGAAGGAAUCCCUCUCAACACGGACCAGGGGGUAAGGUAUGAUGCGUUGCCUAGAAACGGGAUGCUGAAGCGUAUUACAGCACUGGAGAAUGCUUUGCUCAAUAGAAAGAGGAAAACAUUGCGAAAACGAUGAGUGUCAUUUUUUCCUAGAUAUGACAUCUUAAGACAGAUACAAUCCCCAGAUGCCCGCAUUCUGAAGUCAGGUUUAACUUAGACCGUGGUCUAACUCUGUG